GAAGUGCCGGGACCGCGGACCGCCCACUUCCGGGAGGGGCGCCGGCACCAUGGCCUCCCGCGACCCGCCCGACCUGCCGGACGUCGGGCUGCUGAAGCGCCUGGCACGGGAUCAGCUGGUCUACCUGCUGGAGCAGCUGCCCGGCAAGAAGGACCUCUUCCUGGAGGCCGACCUGAUGAGCCCGCUGGACCGCAUCGCCAACGUCUCCAUCCUGAAGCAGCACGAUGUGGACAAGCUCUACAAGCUGGAGAAGAAGCCGGCGCGCAGCUCCAGCGACCAGUUGUGCUUCCUGCUCCGUCCGCGCCUCGCGAGCGUCAGGCUGGUGGCGGAGCUGGUCAACGCAGACAAAGCAGCUGGUCGUGUGCGCAAAUACAAGAUCAUCUUCAGCCCCCAGAAGUUCUACGCAUGUGAGCUGGUGUUGGAGGAGGAAGGGAUCUAUGGUGAUGUGACCUGGGAUGAGUGGUCCUUCUCCCUCCUCCCUCUGGAUAAUGAUAUCAUCAGCAUGGAGCUGCCAGAGUUCUUCCGGGAUUAUUUUCUGGAAGCGGACCAGCGGUGGAUCAGCACAGUGGCCCAGGCUUUGCAGCUGAUGAACUCUCUCUUUGGCCCAUUCACCAAGACCUAUGGAAUUGGGCGGUGUGCCAAGAUGGUCCAUGAGCUUUGGCGUGAACUAGCUGAAGAGAGCGAGGCUGACAACAUGGGCCGGAAACCAGAGAUUGGCCACAUCUUCCUCAUAGACAGAGAUGUGGAUUACGUCACAGCCCUUUGCUCUCAGGUGGUCUAUGAAGGCCUGGUGGAUGAUACCUUCCGCAUAAAAUGUGGAAGUGUGGAUUUUGGUCCAGAUGUUACCUCCUCUGACCAAAGCAUUAAAGUUCUGCUGAAUUCCCAGGACAAGGUGUUCAACGAAAUCCGCAAUGAGCACUUCUCCAACGUGUUUGGUCUCCUCAGUCAGAAAGCCCGGAACCUGCAAGCCCAGUAUGACCGACGGCGGGGGAUGGAUAUCAAGCAAAUGAAGAACUUUGUCUCCCAAGAACUGAAGGGCCUGAAACAAGAGCAUCGCUUGCUGAGUCUCCAUAUUGGGGCCUGUGAGUCCAUCAUGAAGAAGAAAACGAGACAAGAUUUCCAGGAAUUGUUGAAGACGGAACAUGCCCUUCUGGAAGGCUUUGAUGUCCGGGAGAGCAUCAGCUUCAUCGAAGAGCACAUUGACCGGCAGGUUACCCCGAUUGAGAGUCUGAGGAUGUUGUGCCUGCUGUCGAUCACGGAGAAUGGACUUUCUCCCAAGGACUACCGCUCCCUGAAAACCCAGUACCUGCAGAGUUACGGACCAGAGCAUCUGCUGACCUUCCACAACCUGAAGCACUUGGGGCUCUUGACGGAGCAAGUCUCUGGUGAGACUCUGACGGCUGUAGAGAACAAAGUCAGCAAGCUGGUGACAGAUAAAGCGGCAGAAAAGCUGUCAGAUGCCUUCAGUUCCCUGGCCAGGAAGAACAAUUUCCGAGCUAUAAGCAAGAAACUGGGCCUGAUCCCAUGUGGGGAUGGAGAAUACGACCUGAAAGUGCCCCGGGACAUGGCCUACGUGUUCAGUGGCGCCUACGUACCCCUCAGUUGCAAGAUAAUGGAGCAGGUGCUGGAGCGCAGGAGCUGGCUGGGCCUGGAAGAGGUGGCGAGGCUGGUUGGGGGCCAUGAGUUUGUCACAGUUGUAGAAGAACCUCGGCUUCCAGCCCCCCAGCAAGUCGUCCUGGCAGUCUUCUUAGGAGGCUGCACCUUGUCUGAAGUUGCUGCUCUCCGCUUCCUUGGCAAAGAAAGAGGGCUCCGGUUCAUCAUCUUGACGACGGCCAUCACCAACAGUGCUCGCCUGCUGGAAUCCACCAUGGAGAUGAGAAUGUAACUGCAUCCAGGGCAACCCAGAGGUGAAGGGAUGCUUUAAAAUACCUUGGUGUUCUGCCCAGCCAGGGAGAGGCCGUGUUCCCAUCAGUUGGAGAAUCACUGUUAUUUACCCUACCAGGGACAAGGAAAGUACAGAGCACCUUUCCCCUUCUGGUCUUCUGCUGGGAGCUGCUAUGAUCCCUCUGUUGGAGUUUUUUAUUAAUUGGAAGGUGCUUCUUUGGAAACAGGAACUUUCCUUGGGAGAGGAAGUGUCUAGCAAGCCAACAAAGUGUGCAGCAGUGAAAAGAAAUUAGAACGUCUUUCGUGAAAGGAAAAAAGCCCAGAAUUUCAGACAGCCGUUUUCUCCUCACCCAGGAAAAGUGGAUGAAGAAAACCUCUUUUUAGACUGAAAAAACCCGACACGGCCCAGUCCCCCCAUAUUUUCAGCCUUCAGCUAUCUUUUUCUUCUGCAACAAAUGGGUCCAUGUAUAACGUGCAUAAGCAUCUUGCCAGAAACCACAGGAAUAGAACAAAAUAAAAGAUUAAUUGAAGUAA